AUGCAGAUCAAAGUAGCUCUACCCAGCGACGCCGUCAACAGACACACUAUCGAUGAUGAGGUUUCUUACCAUAGUGUCCUUGCCGGCGUCCUAAUUCCCGGCCGUGUUGAACCUCUGAAGGGGGCACAGGUAGUCAAAGGCUCGAUUAUCGAACGGGUAGGACCAAAGGACGAGAUACCCUCGAAAUACUCAUCGAUCCGCAUGUGGGAUGCUCACGUCCACUUCGAAGGUGCUCAUGUCGCAGUAGGCAUCUACGAUAGCUUGAAGUACUUCAUGCCUGGGACAAGCACGCUCAUCGGAGCCGUGAUUGUCGACAACUUGCGCCAAACGCUCAUGGCAGGGUUCACCUCGGUCCGCGAGCUCUGCGGCUAUGCGGGGGACAUUGCACCCGCUAUCGACUCGGUGAAGAGCAUCGAACAUGGCGUGUACCUGGACGAGGAGGUUGCUGCCAAGAUGAAGGAGAAGGAUGCCAUUCUCGUCCCUACGCGCCACAUCGUCGAGGCCAUGUAUGCUGGUGAUGACGACCUCGAUCCCCGUCAGAGAGUUAAGCCGGAGCGGACCAUUCAGCUGUCGAUAGACAGCAUCAAGCUGGCUGUCAAGAUGGGGGUCAAGGUCGCCCUGGGAACGGAUAGUUUUAGCGGCGACAGGUACCAUGCGGUAUCUCAUGAGGAUAACGCCAUGGAACUUCGCUACGCCGUCGAAACUGGAAUGACUCCCCUGCAGGCCAUAGAGAUGUCAACUGUCACUCCUCCUGAGACCUUGGGUCCUCAGGCUCGAAAGUCGGGCCAGCUCAAGGUUGGUUAUGACGCCGAUUUGAUCGCCAUCUGCUCCAACCCGUUCGAGGACAUUGAAGUUUUGAUAGAUACGGAUAACAUCACCCGCGUGUGA